AUGCCGUCUGCCUUCCAGCUGCAGUGCCACCUCGUCCUCAUCCUGCUGGCAGCCUCCAAAGGCGACACCCGCUACCUCGAGGUGAGGGAUGCUGGUGAAGAUGAGCCCUUCCUGCUCCUCAGCGAAGACCUGAAGCGGGAGCUGUCUGCAGGACACAUCUACCGGCGGUCUCUGCGCUGCAUUGACAUGCUGAGCAUUGAGGGGCAGUUCACCUUUACUGCCGAUCAGCCCCAGUUGCACUGCGCCACAUUCUUCAUCGGUGAACCUGAGGAGCUCCUCACCAUUGAAUAUGACUUUGUGAAUAUCGACUGCCAAGGAGGUGACUUCCUGAAGGUUUUUGAUGGCUGGAUACUCAAAGGAGAGAAGUUUCCUAGCUCCUUGGACCAUCCCCUCCCCACUUCCCAAAGGUACACAGACUUCUGUGAGAGUGGUGCUGUCCAGAGGAGCAUCAGGUCAUCACAGAAUGUGGCAAUGAUCUUCUUCAGGAUUCACCACCCAGGCAAUGGAUUUACGAUCACAGUCAAGAAGAGUGCCAACCUCUUCCCUUGCAAUGUCAUCUCUCAGACCCCCUCAGGAAGGUUUACCAUGGUCAUUCCUCAUCAACACAGAAACUGCAGUUUUUCUAUAAUUUACCCAGUGGUGAUAAAAAUCUCCGAUCUCAUCCUGGGACACUUAAACGGCCUCUUUUUAAAGAAUCCAUCAGUGGGCUGUGCAGGAGUGGGGGACUUUGUGGAGCUGUUAGGAGGUACUGGCUUAGACCCAUCCAAGAUGUUUCCACUGGCUGACCUCUGUCAUUCCUUUCAUGGGUCUGCCCAAAUGAAGGUUGGUUGUGACAAUACUGUGCUAAGGAUGGUCUCCAGUGGCAAACACAUCAAUCGUGUGACAUUUGAGUAUUAUCAACUUGAUCUGCAGGAAAUAGAAAACAGGAAGGAGAAUAGCAUUGAAGAAUUCUGCUUCCCUGGUAUCUGA